GGCGAACGCGCCGCAUGGAUGGAAUUCCAGGCGCGACGCGACAACCAAGCAUUUUAACUCCAACAGGGUCAGGUCGGAGUGGUCAACGUCCGGCCCAGAACUGCGCAACUACUGUCCCCGAUCAAUCGCUACGCUGCCUAGUCGGCGGUUAUUGCAGAAUUCGAAAAUGGCCUCCGAACAAGACCCCGUCCCCGCCCCGGCGCAACAGCGCCAACCGCAACCGCAACCACAGGACCCUGACACCGAGAUGCUCGACCAACAACCGCCAGCACCGCCCGCCCAAACCGAGCCUUCCGCCACUUCCACCACCGAAGACCCCGAAAACACACCCCAAAACCAACAAGACCAAUCCCAAACCCAACCCCAAAACCAAGACCAAGACGCCACACAAGAAGAAAAACAGCCAACCCCCCCACCAGCAGCACCCCCUCCGCCGCCACCACCGGGCCCGCGCGCGGCGCGGCUGCAGGCGCUGUUUGCGUCGACGGCCAAACACACGCUGGACAAGAUCAACAAGGAGAACUUUGGGGCGUGCUUCCCGACCAUCUCGAACAAGGCGCCGGGGACGCUGGAGUUUGUGCAGCGGCAGAUGGUGGAGCGGUUAGGGGGGUUGUGGAAUAAAGAGUUCGAGACCAUUAUGGCCAACCGGCAGGUGGUGGCACGGUUGAACGAGCUGGAAGAGCUGGUCGGCGACGCCACCCGGCGGAGAAUGGAGGCCGACGACCCAAGUUCACCGCCAGUCCCACCACACACCCUCCCCGCUCCCACCAUCCUCCAAGCGCACCUCGCGCCCCAUCUAGCAUCCCACCAGUCCCAGCUCAACGCCAAACUGCAAAACACGCAGGCGGCCAACGCGCGGCUGUGGGACGAGAUCCGGGCGCAGCGGGCCGAGAUGGAGGCGCUGCUGGCGGGCGUGGAGAAGGCGGUGCGCGACACGGACGGGGCCAACGGCCUGCUCGGGGAGGUGGCGGACGAGCUGGCGGCGGAGACGCGGGCGGCCGAGGGGGAUGUUAGGGCCGUUACUGCGGGUGGGGGUGGUGGUGGUGGUGGCGGUGCGAAAUGAAUAGGGGUUGUUGUUGUUGUUGGUGGUGGUGGUGGUGGUAGUGGUGCUGUUGUUGAAGGGGAGAGGAAGAUAGUGGGCCAGAUGGGAAGGAUGAAU